UUCGGUGCCAUUUUCAAUUUCCGACCGGCUCUUCCAAGGAAGGAUGGGCUGCUUACCUUCCAAGCAUCGGCAACCUCAGUACGUCCAUGUGCCUGACGGGAGCUUCCGUCCCGCGCCCGUCACCCCACGACAAAACUUCACCAGUGGUGGAGCGAACGGAACUCGCAUGGGCGGUGGGACCAACGGCAGUCGUCCCGGCAUCAACAACGGGUCAACUGCUCCGCGGACGACGACACGCACGACCACAAACGGAACCACCAGUCGCACUGCAGGGCGAUCGUUGCGGGCUCCUGGCGAACGCGUCGUCGGUGGAAGCGCUCCCAUCAAGAUUCUCGACGAUGUGAACUGUGGCGAGUACGUUGAGCUCGAACAGUUCAAACAUGACUACUGGCUUGACCCGAAUGACAUUGUCCACACCCGCACUGUGCAAAGCAACUACAUGAAGACCGAGCUGGGUCACUACCUUGGGCAACCUGUCUUGAUCAAGAGCCUGAACUUCUCUGCGUCGGCGGAGGAUUUGGCCAAAAACAAGAAGGCGCUAGUGAGCGAAGUUCGGUCGAUGACUCGCAUCCAGCACCCAAACAUCGUCAAGUUCCUGGGUUUCUACAUCACCGAAGACCAUGGACUGUGUUGCAUCUCCGAAUACAUGGAAGGCAAGACGCUUCGUCAUUUACUCAACAAUAAACGCCAAAACCUGACCUGGGCGAAGGAAAAGAUCGCGAUUGCAAUGGACAUCGCCUCCGCGCUCGUGUACAUGCAUUCGCUCAACCCACGUCUCAUCCACCGCAACAUCAAAGCAGAGAAAGUUUUGUUGACAAACCGCCGUGAAGCGAAGCUCAGCGGGUUCGGCUGCGCGCGCGACCGCACGUUCGAAAACACGAUGACCGCCGGCGUUGGCGACAUUCAGUGGAGCGCGCCCGAGCUGCUCCAGGACGGCGAAGACUACGACGAAAAGGUCGACGUGUACUCGUUCGGCGUGGUCCUUACCGAACUCGACACGCGGGAGAUCCCGUUCGCCAACGAGAUGGCGGUCAUGGCCCGCGCCGACAUUACGAUGAAGCUCGUCACAGGUAUGCUGCGACCGGCCGUGUCGGCGGACUGCCCACCGUGCAUCAAGAAGAUUGUGCAUCAAUGCCUCCAACACGACGCGUCGCUGCGUCCCACGAGCGAACGCGUGCUGCAAUUGCUUCGGGACGCGCGCCUCCAGUUGCUGGAGAUCAAGUAGAGAACGACAACGCUGCCGUCCACCGUUGAUUUAUACGUGCUUUGGAGAUUGAAUUCAAAGCUUGUGGGUAUAAUUGUAUGGGUGCGAUUGCCACGGGACAUGCAUUGAGCUCGUGUCCAUGCUGUACGAAUACGAUAUUCUCCUUC